AUGAAUAUGAUAAGUGAAGAGAUGAAAUUGAAUAGAAAUGAUGCUAAAAUGGAUUUUUUUGAUGUUUCAAAUGAAGGAAAAUUGUCUAAAUCUGAGGAGGAUGAUGCUAUGAUUAUAGAUCAUGAAAGAAAUGUUUUAGAAGGUUAUCAUUUGAUGGAUACGGUUAAUAUGUUCGAUAAUAGAAAGUAUGAUGAAAUACAAGUUGAAUGUUUAGAUGCGAAUGAUUUGAAGAUUCCAUUAGCUUAUAAGAAAGAUUUUAAAAAGGAAAAAUUGAAGAAACGGAAAAUUAAUGGAUUGAACAUGGAAGGAAAUCAUAUAGGCCAAUUAGGAAUUGAUCAUAAGCUAGAUGUUUUUCAGAAUAAUACGAUUAAAAAACCGCAAACAAACAGCUUCAAUAAUUUUAGGAACGAAAAUAUUGAGCUUUAUUGUAUUUGUCAGAAGCCUGAUACAGGAUGUUGGAUGAUUGCUUGUGAUGGAUGUGAUAAUUGGUAUCAUGGGGAAUGUGUUAAAAUCGCUAAAGCUGAUGAAGAGCUAUUGGAUAAAUAUUUUUGUAGUUAUUCAUGUACGAAAAAGGGUAAAGGCUAUACUAUCUGGAAAAGAAAAUGUCGUCUUUCUUGGUGUAGAAAACCUGCCUCUGUUUCAGUAUCUCCUCCUUCAAAAUAUUGUUCAAAAGAACAUGGUGUAGAAUAUUUUAAGGAAAGGCUAUGUUAUUCUAUAUUAGAAAAAUCAGAAGUUGCUGCUUUGGCUCGAAGCGUUGAUUCAGUUGAAGCUUUUAAAUGUUUAGGUGAUUCUUUUCCAUUUGAAGAUGAAUCUGUUAUGGAUAGUGAAAUUUUAUCAUUGUUAAAGUUAAUUAAUAUGCAACGAGAGGAAAUAUAUGAGCGGUUAAAACAAAUUGAAAUGCGAACAAUUUAUAUUAACUAUGCUAAAGACAGAGCAAAAAAAAUAAAUGAAGAAAUACGUGCUGAUGGAUCUAAAAAGGAAAUAUGUGCUCUUGAUUAUCGUUUAUCAUGGGACGAUGAUGAUUGGAAUGCUUGGGUUGUUAGUGAUGAUGGGAAAAAGAUAUUCAAUGAUGGUAGAUUAGAAGGUUACGAUUUGAUGUGUAUUAUAGAAAAAAGAAAGUGUUUUAAACAUAAUAAUUGGGUUGCAAUAAAAAUAGAGGAAAUGGAAUUAGAAGAAAUAAUAUGUCGUGAAACGCUUAAAAAACUCAGAAGACAAGAAAAAAAGAUAUAUAAAAGACAAAGGAGAUUAAAGGCUUUGGACAGAGAAAAUAAAUGUAUUUCUAUUGCACAUGCAUUGGAGUAA